AUGGAACUCUUUCUAUCAAAAAUAUAUACUUGCAGGUACAUUCCGUAUGUAUUGACGUGUGAACGUCCCAUUGUUUAUAUCUAAUUAAUUAAACAUAAGCUUAAUAAUAUUAUUUUUAAGAUAUUACUCUACAAAAUGCAAUAGUGCUGUUGUAUUUCAACUUAGGAUGAGAAUGAAAAUCUCUCAUCUGGUUUGAGUUGCGAUUAAGAAGAAUGUGAAAAUAAAGAAAAAAUCGAAAAUAAGAGCAAAAAUAAAAUCUCAUUUAUUGUUAAAGUCAAGACAGAAAUCUGUAAAUAUUGGGCAAUAGAAGAUUAUUGUCCUUAUGGAUAAUAAUGUGCAUUUGCUCAUGGCCAACAUGAAAUAAGAUAGAAAACACAUGUGCCCCACAAUUACAAAACUUAGGUUUGCAAGAAUUACAUAACUAUUGGUUAUUGUUGUUACGGGGAAAGAUGCUAAUUUAAACAUCCUGAAAAAAAAGGGAACCAACUUCCUUGUAUAACUUACUAAAAUCUCCUUAAUAAUAUGGGAAACACCUUUUUUAAGCAGAAACUUAUUAAAAAUUAAAAACGCAGUAAAGGUUUGCCUUAUAAACUUUGAUUAUAAUUUGUAUUUAUGAAUAACUGUUAUUAUAUAAUGACUAA